CGCCGCCGCCGCCGCUGGCUGCUUGCUGCCUUGCCUGUCUCACACACACAGAGCCCGUGCCCGGCGACAGCGGCAGCGCCCGAUCCCCUCCGGUCAUGGCGUCGUCCAAGCUGCAGCUUCCGGCGGACGACAGUGUCCUCCUGCUCGUCACCCACUCCAAUCUCUCCACCUUCGCCGCAGACAUCCGCGUCUCGCAACAGACCACCGUCGAGGCGCUCAAGGACAAGCUCUGGCGCAAGACCGGCACCGCCGUCGCCUCCAUGCGCCUCCAGCUCCGCGACGACACCGGCGCCAAGGUCGCCGACCUCGACGACGACGACGCCCCACUCGCAGCCUACGGCCCCUACAACGGCUACCGGAUCCAUGUCCUCGAUCUCGAUCCCUCCUCGAUCACCUCUGGGGGCUGGUUGGAAGACACUUCCCUUGUUGACAAGUACAAAAUGUCCGAUGAGGCAUACGACAAGCUCCACACUAACUUUCGAAAAUUCAAAGAAAAGAUGGCCCCGAAAACCUCUACAUCAGAGGAUAAACAACAAUCAGAAAAGCACAUGGAGGAAUUGUGCUCCAAAAUCAAGGUGGGAGAUAGAUGUGAAGUGGAGCCAGGUGCCAAGAGGGGCACAGUAAAAUUUGUCGGCAGAGCUGAAGCUCUUGGGCGUGGAUUCUGGGUUGGAGUGCAAUAUGAUGAGCCACUGGGAAAGCACGAUGGCAUGGUGAAAGGCAUUCGCUUCUUCGAGUGCCCCCAAGGUCAUGGGGCAAUUGUGAGGCCAGAGAAAGUAAAGGUCGGCGACUACCCAGAGAGAGACCCGUUCGAAGAAGAGGAGAUAUAGGCAAGCGAGGUGUGGUGCAUUUGUUGUGUAAUUGAAACGCGUGUGAAAGCCGAUUGAUUUGGGGGGUUUGGGUGUGCUGUUACUAUCUUGUUGGUCAGUCAGACUCGGUUACUGUUAUUGUUGUAGUAUAAGUUGGUCGUUGAAGUCCGUAUGCGCUUGCCCUGCCGUUGCAAAUGCUUUCAGUUCCCGAGUUCAACUCGCUGUAGAAUUAUAAGUGAAUUAAACGGGGCUAGUCGGCUGUUUCGAGUUGUACAUGAAA